AAUGUGCACCUUCUAGUUGGGCCAAAUGGAGCAAGUAAACCAAAUGAGAGAAAGAAAGCGGCUGUAGCAGCGCCACGACUCACGAGGUCCACAACUCUCUGAAAUCAAAAAGGAAAUAUGAUUUCAAUCAAAUUCAUAUACGGAAGAUGGACGAUCAUUACAAGGUUCUGGGUUUGAACAGGAACGCCACCAAAGACGAAAUCAAGGAAGCAUUCAGAAAAUUGGCUAUCCAGCUUCACCCAGACAAGCACUCUCAAUCGCCUCAAGCCGUUCGAGAAAAUGCCACUCUCAGAUUCAAGCAGGUUUCCGAGGCCUACGAGGUCCUCAGCGAUGACCGUAAGCGUGCCCAUUUCAAUUUCCGCUCUCCUUCUGGGUCUGGUCGCUAUGCUUCUUAUGGUUAUGGUUAUGGUUAUGGCUAUAACAAUAACAAUUAUGAUCAUUCUCAUCGUGCUUGGAAUGCCAAAGUUUAUGAAUCAUCCACAUUCGAGUCUGCGUUUCGCUUUCUCACGACCCGUGCCUUUCUUCGCAACCUUAGCUUUGCAGGUGCUUUGUUAGGUGGAAUGUUUAUAAUCGAUAUGAGCAUGGAGACCCUAUGGAAGACACACAACUCUGGGAAAUCAUUCGAAGAAGCCAUAAAUUCAAUUAAGAAAGUUGAAGCCGUGGAUUCAAUGAAGGAAUCUGAAAAAGAAGCCGUGGAGUCUGCUAACUAAGAGGGCUAAAACCAUUCAAAGAUCACUCGAAGAAGCCUUGAAGUCUGUGGAGGAAGCUAAAGCACAUAUUGAUAAGAUGCCUUCAUCUGAAAGUAAGAUAUCAGAGGGCUAUGGUUGAUGUCCCUCUUUGCCAUGGACCAAUCUGACUAGAAAUUUCCCUCUCCUUUACUGUGUAGUCUGGAUGUAUAUAAUGAUAUAAAGCAAGGGUUUUAGAAUUGUUGGAGAAUGAAGUACAUUGCUCUCCAAGUGUUCCUUUUUGUUUGUUUUAUGUAUUCUUCAUAUUAUGUUUUUUACCUUUGUUCCUGGUUUCUGUCAUAGCUGCAUAUUCAGAUGUAGAUAUGCUCAGUAUAACACAUUUGAGAUAAAUGUAUCAUUACCUUCUCAGCAUCAACAAGUGGUUCAACUCA